AUGAAACUCUUCCAAACUGGAUUACUAUUUUGCUCACGUGCGUUGCUUGCAGUUGUUUUUCUGGGGAGUACUCAGGCCCAGGUGACCGAGGAGCAAUGCCUACAGAAAUUCAGCACGGCAAAGGAGGAUUUCGUUCUUAAUGUAAAUGAGUCGGUGAAGGAGGGCGCAGUCUUCCUGUCCUCCACCCCAGUGAAAAACAAAAAAGAUUGCAUUGUGUCCUGCUGCAAAGCUCCAAACUGUAACCUGGCGUUGAUGGAAAAUGGAGAAGAUGGCGGGGUCAAGUCUUGUUUCACCUUCAACUGUUUAUACAAGCAAAACCAAGCAUGUAAAUUUGUCAGAAAGAAUGGAUACAGCAACUCCGUCUUGACCUCGGUGCUUGAGAGAUAUCUCAAGGACUACUAUCCAAAUGAGGACCUCCCGCCCAUUGCCAAUGCUGGACAAGACCAGGUAGUUCAACCUCAGGAGACUGUGUAUCUGACUGGCAUUGGGAGCAGAGAUGAUCAUGGAGUCAAGGACUAUCUUUGGAAGAUGGUUUCGGGAAAUCCUUAUGCUGUUAUAGAGAAAACAACCUUCAAGGAUGAAGUGAUGGUGUCAAACCUGUCAGCUGGCACGUAUAAAUUCCAGCUGACUGUUACUGAUACAGGAGGACAGUCAAACACAGCACAAGUUACUGUCUUGGUUCUCACACCUGAGCAGUCUGAGGAUCAGUGCCUGAUGCCUAAGAAGAUGGGUCCCUGCCGUGGCGCUUUCCCCCGCUGGUUCUACAAUGGGGCCUCAGAAAAGUGUGAGGAGUUCACAUUCGGCGGCUGCAAGGAGAACAAGAAUAACUAUCUCUCUGAAGCGGAGUGCAACAAAGCCUGUCAUGGAGUCUCAGCCUCUGAGCCAUCCAAGUCUGGAAGACUGGGUCCAAUUGGAGGCCCUGGGGAAACGUGUGGCAGGACUUGUGAAGCAGGCGAGUUCACUUGUGGUAAUGGUUGCUGUAUAGACAAAGCACUUGAGUGUGACCAGGAGAGACAGUGCAGUGACGGAUCUGAUGAGGAGUCCUGCGGUGAUUUGGAAUCGAAGUUUAGAUCUCUGCUUGUGAUACCUGUGAAUGCAAACAAAGUUCAUUGUACAGAGGAGCCUAUGACAGGACGCUGCACAGACACUAUUACCAGCUGGUACUACAACCCCUUUGAGGAGAAGUGUUUACGCUUUAACUAUGGUGGUUGUGAAGGCAACGACAAUAAGUUUGAGACUGAAGACAGCUGUAUGAAGAGCUGCCAAAACGUUGACAAAUCAGAUGUAUUUGCCCGGCGUGCAAACUUUGAAAAGCAAGCACAAACUAGUAAUUUAGGCCUUAUUGUUGUGGCUGUGCUGCUGGGAUUGGCGAUUUUCAUUGUAGUGGCUUUUCUAGGUUUCUGUAUCCUGAAAAAGAAGAAAAAACCGCAAAACUAUCAAUUGGCCACAAGUGGCGCUCACUCUAUGGGGCACACUGAUAGACUUGUUUAUAACAGUACUACCAAGCCAAUCUAA